AGGAAAACUUUUCAAAACAAAAAAUUUUAAAAUUUAAAUUUUUGGAUUAUAUUAAUUUCAAAACAUUUAACUCCGCCCAUUAUUUCAGCAUAUCCAAAUAAACGCAACCGUCUCACAAAGCUUGUUUCUGUCUCGUUUGCUCUUUUGCCGUCUUUGACUAGUUUAUUUUAGUUCGAUUGGAGGUUGCAGAAGUUAUACGUUUUGUGGAAUUUGGUGAAUGUGAUUUUUUGCCAUCAAGUAUCUCCCGAAAAUGAGUUGCUAUUCGUUUAUUAAAUAUUUGUUUAUAUUUCUCAACGUCAUAUUUUUGAUUAUUGGACUAACUGGUAUAGGAGUGAUAACAUGGAUGCUGGUGGAUCCAACAAUUCCUUUGCAUUUCACUCAAGAUCCAAGUGACUUCAUGAUUGCAGUAGCUGUGUAUAUGGUUGUGGCUAUUGUUCUUGUCAUUAUCUCGAUACUUGGAAUACAGAGUGUGCUGAAAGAAAUUCGUUGGGCGCUUGUUUUGUCAUUUUCUCUCCUGCUGAUCAUUGUAGUCGUGGAAGUGGCCUCAGGUGUUUGGAUCUACAUGAAUCAAGAGGAUUUAGAUAAAUUUACAAGAGCUUCAGUUAAAAAUUCAGUGAAAGAAUAUUCUGAGAAAGAUGAAAAUGUUCAAAAUAUGUUUGAUGCCAUUCAGUCAAAGUUCAAAUGUUGUGGUGCGGAUGGUCCAGCAGAUUGGGCUCGCAUCAAAGAGAUUAAUAUGGGUAUAACAGCAAAUCCAACCCAAUAUAAUAUACCAAGUAGCUGCUGUCGGCCUGAAAAAACUGAACAAGAAUGUUUCUCAGCUAGCAAAAAUUUUAAAUUUGGAAAAGAACUAGAUUAUAAAAUAAUUUUUGAAAAAGGUUGUUAUAAUUUGAUUAAGGAAAAUAUUAUCAACAGCUUGAGUAUUAUUAUCGCAGUAUUUGGGACCAUAUUGGCUAUAAAGUUACUGGGUUUAAUUAUAGGCUUGAUUUUGGCAUUCUCUAUGAAACGUUCCAAUCGUUAUAAAGCCUAAAUACUCCAUCCAUCAAAUCACCAGAUUAUCUUCAGACUUAUAAGAAAGCUUAGGUGUUUGACCCUCAUAGUCAAAGUAGGUAAUGUUGUAUUUGGGGCUCUACACUGAAAUUUAACUUAAAAUAUAUGUACAAUUACCCAACUAAAAGAAUUUUUGGCUGGUUAUGCUCUCUAUGUUGUUAUUAAUUUUUCAAUUUUUUUUUAAUUAGAUUUAUUUACAUUAUUCAAUUUUCAUUAGUAAUUAAGAUAUUAAAAUAAAACUAAUCAAAACUAAAUUUGCACAGACCUUGAAAUAUUAAGUUGAUUGAACUAAGGUGGCUUUUACUUGAUGAAAAUUCAUUUAUCAAAAUAAAUAAGAACUAAAAUUUCAGAUUUCCAGGAAAUUAUAUAUUUUUGCAUGAUAAUUGUUUCGACAGCACCAUGUCUUUAUCAAAUGUGAUUUGAUAAAUUUGAUAGACACGGUGUUGUCGAAACAAUUGUCAUGUAAAAAUAUAUAAUCGUGAAAAUCUGAACUUUUAGUUCUCAUUUAUUUUGAUUUUUAUUAAUUUGAUAUAAUGGAAGAAAUAAUUUUAAAAUGAUCUGAUGAAAAUUGAAUAAUUGCUUUUCAGGUUCUUAAUUUAUUUCGUGUGCCAUAUAAACUGUAUAUAAAUCAAAUUAGAAUGUAAGUCAGAUCUGAAGUAUUUUCUGAAAUAUCUGCGCAAAGAGAGAAUUUGUUACCCAAACAGAAAUGUAUGGCUGUGGCCGGACAAAAUAUUUAAAAAAAAAACUAUUUAAUGAUUUGGGAGGAGCAACCAAAACAGAGUUAUCACUAUUUUUUAAUUAUUUGUUCAACUUUUCGCUUUAUGUAGCUAACAUACCAGUACAGGAUGAAAGAUCAAUUGGUUGCUACUGCCUAUAUCACUUUGACUGACUUUAUGCAAGACUAAUUCAAUAUGCCAAAUAAUUAAACCAUUAUAUUUGCCACAAAAUUUUAUAUCUCUUUACAUGCCUUUUUAAGAUCUGAAUAUAGAGGGAAGAUCUACUUUCUUGAUAUAACUUAUAAUACCAUUUCGAAUAAAGGAUCCAAGGUAUUAAUUUGUGUUGUGAUACUAACUACUUGAUCACACAAUUAAAUAUUUUCCAAUCUCAAAACAAAAUGGAUAUCCUAUUGUGUUCUUUUCAAACUUAAGGUACCUUCAAGCACAGUACAUGAACAAGCAUGAUUUAUUUAUAUGGUGGCUAUACUCUUGACACACAUUAAACUAUUAUUACACACAUGCACUUUCAAGCUAUCGCUAUUAUAAUAUGCAUACAAAAAUAUGUUUUACUUAGUUGUUGGUUUCACUCAAUUUUGCUCAGUAGAUUUUUCUUGUGUGUGUUGUCUAUAAACAACUGGUAAUAUUAUGAAGUCAUCUUUUUGUAUAUUCAUUAUUUUAUACCACUACUUUACAGUUAUUAAAUCUUGAAACUUAAAAAUUGGGUGAAAAGAUCGCCUCCUUUUUCCAUUAAAAUGUAAAAUCUGACCGAAAAUACAUAUUCAUUUUUAAAAAGCCCUAGUUCUUUUAUGCAUGAAAUGGUUUCUUAAUAUUUAAUUAUGUAUAUUUAAUUAUUUGAAAUGUAACUAUAAAAACAGUCAUAUUCGAAUGUAUGCGUCAUUACUUAUAGGAGUUUACUAUAAAUCAGAAAUUAUCAUCAUAAUUAGCAAUCGAGGAUAUCUGUUUCAAAUAUAGCGUAUAUUAAUAUAUUUUAUGAGAGAUGUUUAAAGCUAAGGAAUUAAUGUGUACUCGAAUAUGGUUGUGAAUAUUUGUUUUUAAUUUUAUGUAAUUAAUAUUGCGCCCCUAAAAAUCGGUGCCCAUUUGUCUUUUAAGCUGGUUUAUGGGAUUAAAAGAUCUGUGACCUACAAUGCUUUAAUGUUGACCUAAUAAACUGAUAUAUAAUAAAUAAA